AGCCUCUCCCCCAGUCAUUAAACGUCUUCAAGUCGUUCCCGCACACACGGUCCUCAUUGAAAGCGGUUCCGUCAUGCGGACCAUGUAAACGCUCCCACCGGGACCUCGUUUCGUUGGAUUAGGAAUUGCGGUGUGCAUCCGUUUGGCUUUGCGGCUCCGCCCGGUGUGUGGUGCGGGCUGACUGCUCACAUCGGAGAGUUUUAUUGGAUUGUCCCGCAGCAGCGGCGGGAGAGGACUGGUCUUACCCCCAAUGCUGGACAAAAGGACCAAGGGAAAUUAACGAAAAGGGAUACGUGUGGAGCAAGAGAAGAGUAAACAUGGAUAUCAAUCUUUUCACCUUCGCCUUUGGUCUUUUAAUACUCGGUGAGUGUUCGGCCCGGGUGGUGAGAGUGUCUCCUGGUCCGUUGAUCAGAGUAGAGAGUCAACCAGUCUCCAUAAAAUGUGAUGUUCGAGACUACGGAGGACCUCGUGAGCAGGAUUUUGAGUGGGAGAUGUCCAGGGAGAUGAAUGGGCCAAAGAUAAAAAUAAUCUCCACCUUCGAUGCCAGUUAUUCAGACUCUACGCUCAGCAAGCGCAUCGCGUCUGGCGACAUCUCGGUGGUGCGGCUCAAAGACAACGAGGCGGAGCUGAAAAUCGCGGAGGUGAAGUCUCAGGACGCUGGUUUCUACUGGUGUCACACGCCGAGCACCGACUUGGUCAUCAGCGGCAACUAUGUGGCUCAGGUCCAACUCACUGUUAUCCCAAACACGCUCAAGGUCUCGCCCAAGGCGCUGCCUCCUGUGGUCCCGGAGGGAAGUGAUAUCACGCUGUCCUGCAACGUCACCCGGGAACUCACCCACCCCACCUACCUGUCUGUCACCUGGUCGGUGAAGAAGGGCGCAACAUCGGAGCAAAUUUUGACAUUUGGUCCUCAGGGAGAGGUGGUUACUGGCACAAAGUUCGCCCGUCGUUAUGCAGACGGCGGCAUCCGAUUGGUACCCGGCACGAAUGGACUCUUUGAACUUGUGAUUUCUAGAGUGAUGACGUCAGAUGAAGGGAUUUAUGAAUGCAACGGAACAGAAUGGACGCAUGAAACUGGAGGGAAGUGGGUAAAAAUCGUGGAGAGUACAAAAGAGUUGGGAACUGUUGCUGUCACACCUACAGGCCAUUCUCUCAGUGUGAAGGCCUCAUCCUCCUCUCCCUUCUCCACCUCUCUGCUCCACUCCCCUGGCGACACUCUGGCCCUGCUCUGCUUCGUUGCCGCUGACAACCUGCCUGCUCUGACCCUGGAAGUGGCCUGGCUGGCCGACGGCCGUGAAAUCAUCACUAUGGAUCGCAGCGGGGUGGUGAUCUCAAAUGCAUCCUCAACCGGAGCACAGGAAAAGCGAGGUGAGGCGAGCUUGGAGAGAACUGGCGCCGGGGAGUACAGGCUGGGAGUGCGAGGGGUGAGCGGCCAAGACGGAGGGCUUUACACCUGCCGAAUUCGAGCCUUCAUUGAGAAAGGCGGGCGCAGCACGGGAGGAGGAGGGAGGUGGCACAUGGCAGCUGAAAAGACGUCCAGCCCGGUGACCGUGAAGAUCUCUGAGAUCAAGCCGAACUUCACGCUGAACCUCGAAGCCACCGUGAUCCCCCAGAUGACAGCUGAACCCACAGAGCUGUCGUGUCAUGUGACCAACAUCACCCAGUUGCCUCCAGGAGGCCGACUGGGUGUCAGCUGGGAGCACAUCACACUUCCUGGUAUAGGAGACAAUCCCCAGACCUCACAUCCCAUUGGCUCCUUGGACGGCAACGGCAACCUGCUGCCGGAGUCGAUGUACGGAGACAGGCUGAAGAGCGGAGUGUUGUCUCUGAGCAGAGUCCAGCCCAACACAUUCAAACUGCGAUUCCUUCGCUCCCAGGAGGUUGACAUGGGCCAGUAUGUUUGCAUUGUCUCUUCUUGGAGUGUUAACGGUCAGGGAGACAUGGUGAAGACCUCUGAGCAAAAAAGCGCAGCACUGACUGUACGAUGGGACACCAAACGUCCAGCUCUGAACGUUGUGGCAAAGCGUACCCGAGAAGCCUCUGUGGGCGGAGCUACAUUUGAAAUGACCUGCACCGUGGUCCCCGAGAACCUCGGCGAGGCCGGCUACUCCGUGCUCAUCCAAACACAAGAGAGCAUGGAUAGCACCGUGAGAACCAUCAUGACUCUCAGCCCCGACUACGUGGUGCAGCACGGCGGAGCCACAGACCCCAACAGAAGAGAUGGUCUGGUUCUGACCAAGUCUGGUCCAGCUGAGUUCCGGUUUCGUCUGGCGGGCGUCCAGGUGUCCGACAGAGGUUACUACUGGUGUGACAUCACUGCUUGGACAAAACAACAACCGGGACAGACGUGGACCAAAGCCACCAGCUCCAAGUCGAACAAAAUCAGGAUCGAUUUUGAGGAAAACGGCCCAUCCUUCAACAUCGCCAUCCACUCUGACAUCAGCAGUGUUUAUCCGUGGGAAACGGCCAAAAUGGAGUGUUCGCUCAGCGUGUCUGGAUCCUCACCAAAGACGGAUGACCUGGUAUACGAGGUGAGAUGGUUUUUCACCAGGCUGCGCGGUGGACACGCAGCGGUCCCAGUGGCAGGAAUCGACCGCUUUGGAAUUGUGGAAAAAGCCAACCGAAACUCAUCCAGCGACGUUUCAAUAGAGCGCAAAAACACGCACACCUAUGUGUUACACAUUUUUGGGACUCAGGACAGUGACAGUGGCGAAUAUCACUGCAUCGCCACUCCUUGGUAUCUGUCGGCCUCAACAGGAGCCUGGACUGAAGCUGGAGAGCUGACUUCAGGCAGGGUCUUCCUCACUGUUAAGUUUGCUGUGUGGGACUCCCUGAAAAUGCCUCUCUUAUAUGGUGUAUCGGCCUCACUGGGUGUGGGCCUCUUCUCUCUGAUCCUGGGUUUGGUUUGCGCCCAGUGCUGCUGCCGAAACAUGGCACACACCCCUCGCUCAGGCAAUAAACUCAUGGACCUGGAGAUGGACUGACAAACACUUUCCCCCGCACCUACGCACUGCAGCGCUCACAGGAAGCACCAGACACACAACAGGCACACGCCCAUCGACGAUUACUGGGACACCCAGUUGUUCGCAGCUGAUGGGCGAUGGGAGUAAAGUGGCUUUUAAAAGCCUGAUCAACCCAUCACCGUGCUGUAAAAGGUGCUCAGGACUUCUUAGCUCUGCAGUGGAGGAGCAGGGGGACUUUUAUACUCACCAAUGGAUAAAUAGCCUUUUAGACUUCUGUUUCUGUAAGGAAAUCUGAAGCGCUUCUAGUGAAUUUUAAGCAGACAUAUUUGUUCCUCAUUAUGAUUGCAGCCCUACAAUUAACUCUGAGGAAUCCAGAGCUUCUGAAAUGUCACUGCCAUCUGGGAAUAAAGGACUUUUAAACAGACUGCUGCCUCUCUAACCACUAGAAAUGACACAAGAAGCUCUCCAAGCUGGGUUAUGUUUUUCUUUCUUCUGACGCCAAGGCUCACUGCAAAGUACAACCUCUCUUCAAAUCUGAUAGUUAUCGGGCCUUUCAGUGACCCAGGGAACCCCUUAAAACGCCAAGGGUUGGAGAUGACUCCAUGAAACAUCCCUGUUAGCAUCUGCUAAGGGUGUUCUGUCUGAGAUGUUUUUGACAACCUGAGCCAUCCGUGUGACAUGGAGAUCUUGGAGCAAUCUUAAGGAUUAUGUGGGAAUAAAAUUACGUGUUCCACAUGAUUUCUGUGUGAGAGGUAUUGCACUCCCACCCCAGAGUAUUCCUACCUUAACAAGAGGACAAUAAUGACCUUUAUUGUCAACUGUAGUUUUUUGAAAAUUCAGAGAUUUUAAAAUGAGACAUUUUUAAGCUUUACUAUGAGAUAUGCAGUUGGUGUGUUUGUGUGUGAGAUAUACUGUACAUGGUGCCAAUAUUUGAUCUAAUUGAGUGUGCUUGGUUCAUAUUGCCAGUCCAACACUUGAACAACCACUCAGUGGUGACAGCAAGCACUCGUCUUUUAUAAAUAGUCAGAAAUGUAUCCAGAUGUUAUUUUUUGCCUGAGUCUCGUGUGUGUUUCGUACGCCGUGUGAGUGCUGUGAGACAAAGGGGAUUGCAUGUACUGUUUUGUAACAGUAUGAUGUCAUUUAUAAGCAACAUGUCUUCUUUGUUGACAUCAAAGCCUGCUCAAUCCAGUUUGAAACCUAGCUGUCACUUGGCUAACAAACACUUGUGUGUUCACACUGAGCACAUGAUGUUUUAUCAGGGUGGUGCAUAAAAGAAAAAACAAAAAGAAAAAAAUCUCUGUUACUUCCAUGGUUUGCAGAUGCAAGAUUUUGUCAACAAUUAUGCAUGUUUGUUGAGGUAAAGCUUAACAGUUUUGGGAGUUAUGCAUAGCCUAGCUUAGCUUAGCACAAAGAUUAACAUCAGGGGGAAGGCUAAUUUCCCAUGCUCAUUUUAAACUUUCUGUUAAUUCAACAGUCCACUGUAAAGAAAUUACUUUUAUAAGAAUUCCUCUUCUACAUUUCCACCUUUUUUUUCUUUUUAAGAACCAACAUAAGUGUGGGAAAGUAGUUUGCCAAAAUGAUCACUUUUUGUUUAGCUAGGUUAGUGGAGCUAGUCUUUGUGCUAAGCUAGGCUACAUCCCACUCUAAUAUCUGGUAAACUUAUAUUAAACUUUUCCAUUUAAUAUUGCUAACUAUAUGAAUAAGAAUCAGAAAACUUUGUGGCUUUACAUUUUUUUACUUUCCUAAUUAAUUUAAGACAUUUUAUCUCUGUUUUGGGUAUUUCCAUGCUGGCUGACCUGAUAGUCCAGGUCAUUUCAUAAGGCAUCUGAAAUCUUUAGUUAAGUUCAUUCCACCUUUAAAGAUUUUAUAACUUAGUAUAUUUUAUUAAAUUAUGAAAACUUUUGAAAUUUCGCCCUCUAAGCUUUACCUUAUUAAUUACUGUUGAGCCUCACCAAUUGCUCACUUUCCACUAGAUUAAGUUUAAAUUUUAGCCAACAUCCUCCUCCUAGCUGUAAUUGGUUUGAAAUUAUUUUCGGUGUCAAUGAAGAUAGAAAAUUGACCCAAUUCCAUGAAACAGGAGAACAGUCAAAAAAUACAAACAAUAUCUAUUUUAAAAUAGUCAAUUUGAUUAAUAUAAUCCUCCUUUGGGGAAAAAGCCAUUCAGAUUACUUUUUUUUUUGGUUUGUUUUUUACGUCUACCAGGAUAUUCAGUAGGGUUAUUUUUGGAGGACUAAAAUUUCCUGCAUAAUAUGCAUAAUGUGUGGUAUUAUUUAGUGGAAAAAAGUGGAACUUCGUAAAGAUAUCAAUACAUUACUGUAAAACUUUCAUUUUUAAAUUAUACUCAGUUUUAUUAAUCUUUAGGACAAAUUUUGGCUCAAAUUUUGGCUACUGGUGAGACUGAUAGUCGCCAAAAACUGAAUUAAAGAGGCCAAUUGUUGCAUUUUAAGCUUUUUAAAGGGUAAGGUGUACUUAAUAUGAGAUUUUACAUGAACCUCCAGGGAAUGAAUAAGAAAAGAUUUGCGUGUUGGCAUGGAAUGAGUCUAUCUUGCACUUAAUCUUUCAAUCUAAAGAAACAAAUAAGGAAAAUCUAUAACCAAUUGAUUCUGUGGUUUUUCUACAGCAAAUGAGUGAAUUUGUGGUGAAUCAUGUUGACUGGUGUGUGGGUGCUCACUUUCAAUUCAAGCAAAACACAAAGUUAUGGGAUUUUCUUUUUUCCUUAACUAUGUGGGCUUGAACAAGGCUUUUAUUGAGUUUCUGAAUCAUUUUUAAGGAAUUAUAAACAACGAUUUAAGAGCAAUAAUGAGGCUAUAAUCAGGUCACUGCUCGGAGUGCUGUACUUCUUUUAAUUAUUCUUUUUUUUUUUACCCUAAAUCAGAGGUAAAACCCUACGCUAAGUUGUGUUGAUAGAUUUACCCCAGAUUGGAUGCUGAAUGUUAUUUCAUUUGAUUUGCAUUUGUUGCAUUGAUUUGAAAGCUGAUGCUGGAUCAAGGCGUCAAUACAACAGAAGAAACUAUAAAACAAAAAACAGAGAAACAAUUAAGGUGUUUUAUCCUGAUGACAAUGCCUUUAACCCACCCCACAUGUGUGCGCCUCAGUGUCCUGUCACAUUAUUCAGAAUCUGACUUAUAGCCAUCAUCCACAGCUUAAGCAUACAGACGAAUUAUUACAUUUGGUGCCAAAUACUGUCAACAGCAAACCAAACUAAGUAGCAUUGAUGCGCACCACUGAACAAGUCACUGCAAGGCUUCCCCAAUUUUUUAUUUUGUGUUUUUACUGCAGUUAAUGAUGAAAUCUGAUGUUUCUUUUUAAUAAAUAGAUUUGUAAGAUGUA